GCCGUCCAUUUUUCCAAAUUCGAAAGCAGUGGCGUAUCAUCCCCGCGCGAAAAGGGCGAAUCUCUCUCUUUCUUUGAUCGCAGCCAUAAUGACAUUUGAGAGCAGCUGCCACCACCUGUGAAGCCACAAACGAUUCAUCGCAUGCAUGCAUUCUCAACUCAUCUGAGGAUCCAUGGAGUUUUGAUUUUCACAAACGAAAGAUGGAGGAAAUGAAUUAAGAUACAGACAAGGUUUUUUUAGUGGAUAAAGAGAGAGAGAGAGAGAGUUUGGGGAUUCCUCUGAACCCAUUAAAGGAAAUUGCAGAGAGAGGAGAGCUUGGGAAUCUGGGCCUUCCAUACCAUUAAUACUGAGUGGGUCCUUUCUUCGAGGCUGAUCCUAUGAUCAAUAAACAGCCAAUUCAAUAAGUUUUGAUCGAUGAACGACUUAUUUAACACUUUGUUUGCAUUUUGCCAACCUAUUUAACACUUUGUUUGCAUUUGCCCUGAAUAACCCAUUUGUUAGUUUCAGAGAAACUGUGAGAACACAGUUCUUAGUUUUACCUGAAGAACCCUUUUGUUAGUUUCAGAAACUGAAAGACCCAUUUGUUAGAUUCAGUGAAAGAGAUGAGAGAGGAGGAGGACGAGAAGGAGGAUUUGUUGGUUUCAGGGAAAGAGAUGAGAGAGGAGAAAGAGGAGGAGCUCCUGGUGGUGGGAAACUACUGCCAUGAUGUCCUCUUCAGAGAUGGCCUGGUAGUGGGCGAGACACUGGGUGGCGCCGCCUCCUUCAUAUCGCAGGUCCUUGAAUCCCUCUAUCUCUCCUCCAAAACCACUAUUGUCGCAAAAGUGGGCCCCAACUUCGCCUACUCCUCAUCUCCCCUCUCUCUCCUCCACCCUCCGGUAAUAGCCUCCUCUUCUCUCACUACUCUCUUUCAUGCCCACUUCUUCAAUGAUCAACCUGACAGAACCCUCAGGCGCAUUUGUGCUUGCGAUCCGAUUUCACCCUCCGAUCUCCCCACUUCCUCUCUCUACGAUUUUGGCAUGGCUGUGGGGGUUGGGGGCGAGACCACUGUUGAGACCCUGGCUCGAAUGCUCGACCUAUGUGAUACUGUUUUAGUCGAUGUCCAGGCCUUAAUCCGCACCUUUGAUCCUGUUGAUGGGGCAGUUCAGCUCAUCUCUCUCUCGUCCACCCCAUUUUUCUCUCUUAUCAGCAGGGUCCAAUUCCUCAAGACCUCGGCUGAAGAAUCAAGGUAUUUGGACAUUGAGGAGUUGAGGAGGGGGGGUUGCGUGAUUGUUACUGAUGGGGCGGAGGGGUGUCAUGUUUAUUGGAGGGAGGGGGAGUUCCAGGUGCCUGCAUUCAGGGCUGUGGAGGUGGAUCCUACCGGCGCUGGGGACAGCUUCUUGGGCGGGUUUGUGGCUGGGCUUGUAUGUGGCCUCAGUGUGAGGGAUGCUGCAUUGCUGGGGAAUUUCUUUGGGGCGCUCACCGUCUCUCAUAUUGGGGUCCCAGAGCUUGACCCUGUGAAGUUACAGAGAGUGAAGGAUGAGAUAGAGAAGAGAAGUGCGAGGUGCAUCAAUGGCUGCAAAAGGAAAGAAGGGGUUACUGAUUUUGGUAAGUCAGUUGGUUUUGAAGAGUUCCGAGCAGUACUUGCUGAAGUUGCUCUAGACAUUAGUGGCAGACAAAAUGGCCCAUUCAAUCCUCCAUCUCAGGGAAUGGAGCUUGUUGGCAACCUCAAGAGAGAAUGGUGAGCCAAAGGAAGACGAAAGCUUUCAAGUUUCUCUAGAGAGAGAGAGAGAGAGAGAGGUCUUGAGGCUUGCAUUGACAUUGACAAUGGCAUAUGGGCUGAAUACCUGAGUUAAUAAUAGCUCUAUGGUCAUUGCCCAGGAAAAAAAAAAAAA